GCAGGUAUCUCUAUUUUAUUGAUAUCGGAAAAAAAGUGAGUCAAGUUGGCAUCCUUUGGAAUCUUCCUAACCAAAGCAGAUAGAAGAAAUUUGUCUGGACUACUGCUGAACUUAAUGCUUCUGAAUUGAAGGAAAUUCUUUAAGAUUGCUCUCCUGACUGAAGUUGUACAAAAAUGGUACACUGAGAGUUCUACUUGCUCUUCUGGAAAGACUGUAACUGCAUUUUUAUAUUGCAGUUUACUGCUCCAUAAAUGACAAUGUAAUAACAAAAGUAACAGUAAUUUAUGUAACACUAGCAGUUCCCCUCCCACUGACUGGACAUGAGUGAUCAAAGGUCUUCACAAGAAGAUAAGCACAAAGUUAGCAGAUCUUCCUCGAAGUUCAGGGAGUCUUCAAGAAGCAUGCAAUCUGAUGAUUAUUUUGCUAGAAAACUUAAAGCUUUGAAUGGUAGCAUGGGUCCUCCUGUUUCUUCAAAUGCACCUAGCAAAACUGAAAAUAAUCAAACAAAUGGUACACCAGCUGUGCCUAAAAUGGGCGUUCGAGCAAGGGUAUCUGAAUGGCCUCCUAAAAAGGAUUGCUCUAAGGAGCUGAGUAAAGCCGCUUGGGAAAGCAGACCUCAAACCAAUUAUGAAGGCGUUGGAUCAAUACUUCCAAAUGGGCAAAAUGACCAGAAUGAUGAGCAGCAAGAAGAGCUAGAAUUGGAAUUUACAGAGGGCAAAUAUACUAUUGGAGAUCUUUUUGUUCAUUCUCCUCAAAGAGGACUGCAUCCCAUAAGGCAGAGGAGCAACAGUGAUGUGACAAUAAGUGAUAUUGAUGCUGAAGACGUGUUAGAUCAGAAUGCUGUUAACCCAAAUACUGGAGCAGCUCUCCAUAGGGAAUAUGGCAGUACUUCUUCAAUUGAUAGACAGGGCUUGUCUGGAGAGAAUUUUUUUGCAAUGCUAAGAGGAUAUCGAGUGGAAAAUUUUGAACAUAAAACCCUUGCUCCAUUUGGAUUUUCUGAGUUUUUCCACUGUGAUCCUACAGUUUCUCCGAGUCUUCAUGCUGCCGCACAGAUUUCCAGGGGAGAAUUUGUCAGGAUUUCUGGCUUGGAUUAUAUGGAUAGUGCCCUGCUUAUUGGUCGAGACAGGGAGAAAUCUUUCAAGAGGAGACUAAAAUCAGAAACAGUAGAAACAUCUCUAUUUAGAAAAUUGCGAACAGUUAAAAGUGAGCAUGAAACUUUUAAGUUUUCAUCUGAUCUGGAUGACAGACUUGAGAGAAACGUUCGUUCUUGGAACUGUCAGAAAUGUUUUGCACAUUAUGAUGUUCAGAGCGUUUUAUUUAACAUAAAUGAAGCAAUGGCUACCAGAGUAAAUGUGGGAAAAAGAAAAAAUAUAACCACUGGGGCUUCAGCUGCAUCACAAACUCAGAUGCCAGCAGGCCAAAUAGGAAACUGUGAAUCUCCUUUGGGAAGCAAAGAGGACCUCAAUUCAAAAGAGAAUUUAGAUGCUGAUGAGGGUGAUGGGAAAAGCAAUGAUUUAGUAUUGAGUUGCCCUUACUUUAGGAAUGAAACUGGUGGGGAAGGAGAUAGACGGAUUGCACUUUCUAGGGCAAAUUCAGCAUCUUUUUCUUCAGGUGAAAGCUGUUCUUUUGAGUCUUCUUUAAGUUCCCAUUGUACAAAUGCUGGUGUUUCAGUACUGGAAGUACCAAGAGAAAAUCAGUCAAUUCACAGAGAAAAAGUGAAGCGUUACAUCAUAGAACACAUUGAUCUUGGAGCAUAUUAUUACCGCAAGUUCUUCUAUGGAAAAGAGCAUCAGAACUACUUUGGAAUAGAUGAAAAUCUCGGACCUGUAGCUGUCAGCAUUCGAAGAGAGAAGGUUGAAGACUCAAAGGAGAAAGAAGGAUCUCAGUUCAACUAUCGAAUAGUUUUCAGGACAAGUGAGCUUACUACACUUAGAGGAGCAAUUUUAGAAGAUGCUAUACCAUCCACUGCUAGGCAUGGCACAGCAAGAGGCCUGCCUCUCAAAGAGGUACUGGAAUAUGUAAUACCGGAGCUGAGCAUUCAGUGCCUGAGGCAGGCUUCCAACUCACCUAAAGUCCCUGAACAGCUGCUUAAAUUGGAUGAACAAGGGCUGAGUUUUCAACAUAAGAUUGGUAUCCUUUACUGCAAAGCAGGCCAAAGCACAGAGGAAGAAAUGUAUAACAAUGAGAUGGCAGGGCCAGCUUUUGAAGAGUUCCUUGAUCUCCUGGGCCAGAGAGUACGGCUAAAAGGGUUUAGUAAAUACAGAGCUCAGCUAGAUAAUAAAACUGAUUCAACAGGAACUCAUUCCCUCUACACCACCUAUAAAGAUUAUGAGAUAAUGUUUCAUGUAUCAACAAUGCUUCCAUAUAUGCCCAAUAAUAGGCAACAGGACUUAACUACGCCCUGCUUGGUCACUGAUCAGGACAUCCCUCUAGUUUUAGAGCCAGCAGGAGAUCCAAAGAGCAAGCUUCUAAGGAAAAGACAUAUAGGAAAUGACAUAGUUACCAUUGUCUUCCAAGAGCCAGGAGCACUUCCUUUUACUCCAAAAAAUAUUCGUUCCCACUUUCAACAUGUAUUUGUCAUAGUCAAAGUGCAUAACCCUUGCACUGAAAAUGUGUGUUAUAGUGUUGGCGUUUCAAGAUCGAAAGACGUACCUCCAUUUGGUCCACCCAUUCCUAAAGGAGUAACUUUCCCCAAAUCAGCAGUCUUUAGGGACUUCCUUCUAGCCAAAGUUAUUAAUGCUGAAAAUGCAGCACAUAAGUCAGAAAAGUUUCGAGCCAUGGCCACGAGGACACGUCAAGAAUACUUGAAAGAUCUGGCAGAAAAUUUUGUUACCACGGCUACACUCGAUACUUCAGCAAAGUUUAGCUUUAUUACGUUAGGGGCAAAAAAAAAAGAGAAAGUGAAGCCAAGGAAAGAUGCACAUUUAUUCAGUGUUGGGGCAAUUAUGUGGAAUGUGAUUGCACGAGAUUUUGGCCAGUCUGCUGACAUUGAAUGUCUCCUUGGAAUCUCCAAUGAAUUUAUCAUGUUGAUUGAAAAAGAAUCAAAAAAUGUUGUGUUUAACUGCUCCUGCAGAGAUGUUAUUGGAUGGACAUCUGGAUUAAUGAGCAUCAAAGUAUUUUAUGAAAGAGGAGAAUGUAUUCUUCUGUCUGCAGCAGAUAAUUGUACUGAAGACAUCAGAGAAAUUGUUCAAAGACUUGAAAUAGUGACCAGAGGAUGUGAAACCACGGAAAUGACCCUUCGGAGGAAUGGCUUGGGCCAGCUUGGAUUCCAUGUGAACUUUGAAGGGAUAGUGGCAGAUGUGGAGCCCUUUGGUUUUGCAUGGAAGGCGGGCUUAAGGCAAGGGAGCCGCCUGGUUGAGAUCUGUAAAGUGGCUGUGGCAACUUUGACUCACGAACAAAUGAUUGACCUUUUACGCACAUCGGUCACAGUAAAGGUGGUGAUUAUUCAGCCACACGAGGAUGGAGCUCCUAGAAGGGGUUGUUCAGAACUUUGUCGUAUACCCAUGGUGGAAUACAAACUUGACAGUGAAGGCACCCCAUGUGAGUAUAAAACCCCUUUCAGAAGGAAUACUACUUGGCAUCGGGUGCCGACUCCCGCUGGGCAGCCUCUCUCUCGUGCCUCUCCAAUCCUAGGAACAUCUGACAGACUGCAGUGCCAGCAGCUUCUCCAGCAGGCUCAGACAGCCAUUCCUCGCAGCACUUCCUUCGAUAGAAAACUGCCAGAUGGUGCAAGAAGUUCACCGAGCAACCAGUCUUCCUCCAGUGACCCAGGACCCAGCGGGAGUAGCCAGUGGAGACAGCAAGUGGGAUAUGACGGGUGCCAAUCCCCUUUACUUCAUGAACACCAAGGUUCAGGUUCACUGGACUGUGAAGGAGUCAGAGAACGAGAGGAAACUCUGGAAGGAACUAGACAUUCAGAAACCAAGUGGCAUGCACCAUCGACCAAAGUCCUGAGUUCCUACAAAGACCGAGCUUUACAAAAAGAAGGCAGUGUCAAGGACUCGCCAAACAAACUUUCACAUAUUGGAGACAAAAGCUGUUCCAGCCACUCAAGCAGCAAUACUCUAUCCAGUAAUACAUCCAGCAACAGUGAUGAAAAACACUUUGGUUCUGGAGAUUUGAUGGACCCUGAACUGCUUGGAUUAACAUAUAUAAAAGGGGCCUCUACUGACAGUGGAAUUGAUACAGCUCCUUGUAUGCCUGCUCCACUUCUGGCCCCUUUACACCUUGCUGGCAGCAGGUCUGGAGCACAUUGUCGUACUGAGCAGUGGACUGAAUCUUCUGAAACUCCUGGGCCGGAUGAUGAGCCAACUAAAAUCUAUGCUGUUCAUAGCUAUGCCUCUGCUAUUUCUACGGGUCAUAUGGCUGAAGGCAGUAUGGGAGACCUAAGUGAAAUAUCCUCUCAUUCCAGUGGGUCACAUCAUUCGGGAAGCCCAUCAACACAUUGCUCUAAGAAGAGUGGCUCCCUAGAUACCUCCAAAGUCUAUAUAGUGUCGCAGAACAGUAGUCAACAGAUUUCUGGGCCACUUUCAAAACCAUACCACAGACAAGGAGCAGUGAGUAAAUAUGUCAUUGGAUGGAAAAAAUCAGAAGGUAGUCCUACACCUGAAGAAUCUGAAGUUUCUGAAUGCCAUGAAGUGUAUGACGAUAUUGAUGCUGUGUCUGCAUCAAGUCCACUUCAGACUUCUGUGAGGAAUGCCAUUGUCGAAAGCCAGCAAGUGUUGUCCAAAGAAGAUUUUCUGAAGCUGAUGUUGCCAGACAGCCUCUCUGUGGAGGAAGGGAGAAGGAAGUUUUCAUUUUAUGGGAACCUUUCUCCACGGAGGACGCUCUAUCGUACCUUAUCUGAUGAGAGUAUAUGUAGCAAUCGAAGAGGCUCUUCAUAUGCUAGUUCUCGAAGUUCAGCACUAGACCAGGCCUUGCCAAAUGAUAUUUUGUUCAGCACUACUCCACCAUAUCACAGCACGUUGCCUCCCAGAAUGAGCCUGACUCCUGGAAUGGGGAAUCUGAGAAAUGAAUUCUGGUUCUCAGAUGGGUCCUUGUCUGAUAAAGCAAAAUUCAAUGAUCCUGGCCUGAUGCCCCUGCCAGACACUGCCACAGGGCUAGACUGGUCCCACCUGGUAGAUGCUGCACGAGCGUUUGAAGGUUUUGACUCAGAUGAAGAACUUGGGCCACUCUGUCAUCACACGCCGUUUCUAGAUCAGAGAGUAGCAUCUUUUUGCACCCUGAAUGAUAUGCAGCAAGCUCAGGGUUUGGAGGGAGCACAAGAUUUACCUUUGGAUGAGAGUCCCACAGAUGGAAAAGAUUUCCUUGAGGCUACAGGGGAACACGCUCCUACUACUCUGACUGGAAAAGUAAACCAGCUAGAGGUGAUCCUCCGGCAGCUACAAACUGACCUGAGAAAGGAAAAACAGGACAAAGCAGUUCUCCAAGCAGAGGUACAGCACCUGAGACAAGAUAACAUGAGACUUCAAGAGGAGUCUCAAACGGCAGCUGCUCAACUGAGGAAAUUUACAGAAUGGUUUUUCAAUACGAUAGACAAAAAAUCCUAAUGUCUGAGCCCUGUGAAAAUCCUUAAUUCAACAGUAUAACAGCUGUAUUUUUGAAUUAGCGGGGUAAUAAUUUCACUGUGUUCACAAUCCAUUUUAGGUGUUUCUGCUACAUUCUCUAUCCAGCUUUAUUCAUUUGAACAGGAGAGAGAACUGUGGUAAUCUGUCUUUAAAUUCCUAUGACGAAAGCAGAGAGUAGCAGAUGUUUGUUUGUGUGAAGAUGAAUGUAAAAAUUAUUGGUGUCAUUUUAGACAUUUUUAGAAGAUGCUCUGGCUGGGGCUUGCCUGAAGAGGAAUAUUUGGGGUUUUAUUUCCUGCAUUUCAGGUGCAUUGGUAAAGAUGUUAAAGCAAUUUACAUUAGCUUGGGCUUCAGUAUUGUAAGAUAAAAAGAAUAACCAGACAUAUACUUUAAUGUUUAAAAGGUGCUCUAUUUUUUGUAUGUACAGUAGUUUUAUUUCCACAGUCCACAUUGUCAUAGCAAUAAGAAUGGAGGUAUAGUGAAUAGUCACAAAGCUGUGUUUAUAAAACGUUAGCACUGAUGUGUUUAACACUAGUUUGGAUGCAGAUACAUUAGAGAUUAUUUAUUUGCAGGAACAAAUGGUGCCUGAAUAUAAACAGUGUUCUGAUUUUCUAAAGAUACAUAUGCCUUGUAAAUGGCUCACAGGGGUUAGCUCGCUCCCAACUUCAGUUACUUUUGUAUAGUUGAUGUUCAGCUAAAACAGUUACACUGCUUAACUAUUGAAUCAUGUAUGGUGUGAGCCAGCCAAUCAAUUGUACAAUGCCAAAUUUGUUUAUCUUUGUACAGAAGCUUUGAUCAAGUGUCCUGUAUUUAACACCUUUAUUUAAGCUUAUUUAACCUUAAAUUGUUAAUUUUAUAAAGUUUGUUUUAUCUGCACUAUGGUGAGGUCAGUUGGCUGCAAGUUGUAAUAUUUUUAGCUUGCCAAGACUGUACUGAGGAGUUCUAGAAAAUUCUAACAAUUGGAUGCUGCUAGUACACAAUUGAUUUGUUUGUAUGCUUUAACAUUUUUAACUGUUUAAUUUGAAAUGAACAUACAUCCUGCUUUUUUAAUAAAUGUUAAAAAUAUAAAUCUGAAAAUUAUUUUAUCUGAUAUUGUCUACAACCAGUGCCAUCACUACUAGCUCAGGUUUCUGCUCAGUCCACUGCAAGUAUCACCUUCGUCUGGAAUCCCGAUUUCUUGGCUUCUCGGUCCAGAGAGGGUCCAGCCCUCGCGAGCUCCCAUGGUCCCUUGUUCACGUUAUCAGAGCUGAUCUCUUUGGUGUGUCCUGUCCUGCAGCGGAGGAGGUAGCUUUAUAGAUCAAGGAACAAAAGCUAUCCUGAGUCUUCACAGGCAUUGAUUAGUUAUCUAGCAGAGAAACUGCUUUAUUCAAAAAUAUGUCCUAAAGAAAACAUUUUCAAAAGGUGUCAAAUUUUUUCUUAUUAUCUUAAAUUAAUCAUAACAGCAAAUAGCUUGCCAUCCACUUGUGUCUGCAAUCAAAGAUCUGAUUACAGUGUUAGCAUCUGUGAGAUGUGAAAGCAAGUUGAUAACAGCUUGGGCUAUUUUAUGUUCCUUUUAUUUUGCUACAGUUUCAUGUAUAGUAAUGUGCUUAAAAUCUAUGCCAAAAAGUAUAGUUUUUACAAAAUGAAGUGAAGAUAAUGAGCACCUUUGAAGUUAUGCUUCUGAGAGAAAAAAUAGUUAAAGAUCAUGGUGGGAUCUCAAUUUCCUUUCAGUAGCUGAAUGCAUUCAGGCAAAGCUGCAGAAAAUCGUAGAAUAUUUCAAAUAUAUAUUCAGCUGAUGCAAAUAAUAGUCUGCACCUAUUAUUACUAUAUAUUGGCUGAGAAACUUUUUUGUAAGUUGAACAAAUGUCUGCCUCUAGUACAAUAAUUGUUUUGAAUGACUUAUCUUAGGAAAGGUUAUAAAUAAGCAGAGUAUCAAGGCUUUGGUACCCUUAUUUCCAAAUGAAAAAGGCUAUUUUGUCUUUAUACUUCCAUCAAAACCUCUGAUCUUAAAUACCAAAUAAUGUCCAUUAAGCUUUAUUAACUUAGAGUAAUUAAACAUGGCAGUCGUGUUCCACUGGAAUCUGAUUUAAACACCUUGCAAGUGUCAUUAGCAAACCCAUCUAUCUGGCUGGAGACCUUGCCAAAUAGCAGCUUGCACAAUUUGUUUGUGAACGUGUGUCUUUAUAGGUUUAUCCUCUUUGAAAAGCUGUACUAACUGAAAUAAACUUGAGAAUAAGCUUU